GAAUGCAUAAAACAGCAUUGACAGCGGCAUGUUAUAAUGGAAAAAUGAGUAUCGUGAAAGCACUUCUAGAGGCGGGCGCUGAUGUCAAUCUUAAAGAUAAAAGAAGUACACCACUGAUAGAAGCAUGUCUUGGUUGGAAUAUUGACGUAGUAAAGGUGCUGAUAAAUGCAGGGGCUGAUGUUAAUUUACAAGGUAAAUCUUUAACACCACUUACAGCAGCAUGUCGAUAUGAGAGAAUACUAGUAGUAAAGGAAUUGGUAAAGUCAGGAGCUGAUGUUAAUUUACAAGAUGGAGAAGAUAGUCCACUGACAGCAGCAUGUAAUUAUUCUUAUUUGAGGUGUUCAGAGGAGCAGGAUGAUGUCGAUGUACUUAAUGGAAGUAAUACACCUUUGGCGGACAUAUAUAAUGAAAAACAUGUUAUUGUGCUAAAAGAGCUGCUAGAGGCAGGGGCUAAUGUUAAUAUUCAGGAUUGGAAGGGAAGAACUCCUUUGUAUAUAGUAGUUUUAAGAUAUGAUAGGACUCUUAUACCUGUUUUAAAAAUGCUGACAAAUUAUGGUGCAGACGCAACUAUUUGUAAUGAUGAGGGUCUGUCACCAAUAUAUAUUACCUUACUUAGAAAUGAAUCUUAUAUUUUAAAACAAUUACUUCAAACUGGAUGUGAAGGACAGUUAAAUAGUCACAAGAUACAUCUGUUUAACUGUCUGGUAAACAUAAGGCAUAGCGACGUAAUGACAAAUAAAAAGGAUGAUGUGGUGACACGGAAUCGAGUGUGGUGUAUAGAGGAAUCGGGAGAUUCGCAUAAAACAAUCAUAGAUAGAAAAUGCAACAUACUUAAAAAUCUUAUAAGUCUGGGUCUGGAUGUCAAUCAGCGGAUACUGCUUGAGAAGGAUUAUUAUGAGUAUGAUGAGAGGCCUUUGUUGUUUUUACUAAUUGAUGAGAAUUCUGUUGAGGACAGGAAGGAAAAGGUGGGGAUCCUCUUGAAGGCAGGAGUAGAUGUCAAUAUCAGAGUACAGUACAGUGAUUAUGACGAUGAAGAAAAUGAUAAUUAUAAUGAUAGUUUAGAUUUGAGAUUUCAGUUAGAGAAAGAUUGUGUGUCUGUUUUAGAAAGGACACGACAAUUGCUGAGAAAGUGUAGAAAAAGGAAGGAUUGGUGUAGAAGUGAUGAAAGGCCAACGUUAAAGAAAUUGCUGAGUAAAUUAAAGAAACACGUUCGACGAUACUCUAUAUAAAGAAAUACAAAUAUUUUAAAAAUGGUUGCUAUGUGAAUAGGAAUAUCAUAGUGAAAUAAGUGUAUUUCUGACAUGUCACAAUUUUACAGUUUUCUUUCUUUUUUUUUCAAUUUGAUGUAAGUAUUAUCCUCGGUUCUUGGAAUAAAGACGGAGAUAUGAAUGUUUCAUUACCACUUACCAUUAAUUUACAUAAAGCAUGAAAUGUAAACGUAUAUGCAAAUCUCAUUCCCUUCUAUAUAAACAAAAUGAUGUAUAAAUAUAAUCAGUAUUUGGAAUUUCUUGGUAACAUUUUG